GUUGGGCGUAAGACUCCUUAAAAGUAACGUUUAUUUAUUAAAUUUCGAUCUCACUCGUGAUUAUAAGUUUUAAGUGAAGUAAAUCCAAAGAAAACCCCAAUUUUCGAUUAAGUUGUUUAUAAAGUGACAUCUGUGUAAAAAAAAAGUUACUAGGCAGUUUAGUGACUGUCGUGUAAGCUGGUAAAAGCUUUGUGCCUUGAUAAACUGUAACUUGAAUUAAAUGUAAUAAAAAGUGCCUUACAAACCCAAAGAAAACUUAUUUGGUGUUUAAAGUGAUGUGUUUCAUCUGUUAGUAAAGGAAAAUAGCGGAUGAGUCCCGUAAACAACAGAAAAACAAUUCAAAUAUGUAAACAUAGGUAAAACCUAUUGUAAUGUUGCCGCAUAGUACCUUAAGAACAAUAAAAGUUUUUCUUAGUGUCUGUGAGGUAUUUUAGUUCUGUUCAAAAUGAAACUUUAUUAUUUAUUUUCAAUUUGGUUUUUACUGGUUACUUUCUGCUAUGCACAAUCCGGGCAAGAACGAGAUAAAAACCUUAAACCCAGAUUUACGCAUUGUUCCACUUACAAUGUGAGCAUAAAAGAAGAACAGGGUCGGAUACCGGUGGUUAAGGUAAAAGCCGAAGACAACGAUCCGCCAGAGGCCGGCGGCACAAUCACUUAUAAAUUGGUGCAACGCGACGGCGAGCGUCAAUACUUUCAAAUCGACAAUGUGACAGGUCAAAUAACUACUUUGUUGCCCUUUGACCGCGACGAACCGACCCGACAGAAGGAGAUUUACAUCACUGUGCAGGCGACUGACAACGGUAGGCCUGCUCUUGCCGAUAUUUGCACCAUUAGGGUGACAAUAACCGAUAUCAACGACAACGAUCCUAGCUUUGAUUCUAUCGAGUAUAUGCCCAAUGUUGCGGAAGAUGCCAGAGUUGGCUCUACGGUGGCCAAAAUUUUUGCCUACGAUAUCGAUGACGGCGAUAACUCCAGACUGACCUACUCUAUCAACGAUAGAGGUUCGUUUUCCGAGUACUUCAAGAUUGACAAAGAUACUGGGGUUUUGACUCUAAAUAAAUCGCUGGUGGGUAUGAGGGAUAGCGAGCCUUUUAGAAGUAAUAUCGAGGUGCACGAUAACGGUGUGGAUCCCAAACGAUCAGAGGUGCCUAUCAGCGUUAAGGUUGUGGGUUCCGAUAAACGCUUGCCGAUGAUUCUAACGCGACAAGACGGUAAUGUUAAAGUGUUGCCAGAGAAUUUUAAUAAUUACGACGAACCGUUGUUCGAAAUAAAUGCACAAUCUAAUAUCGACGACAAGGAGGUUGUUUUUGAGUUGAUUAAGGGCAAAACGGCGCAAACAAACAAGGAUCAAACGUUUAUUUUGACACCCGAUAAUGAUAAUGAGAACGCUGUUAUUAAAUUAGGUAGGCCUUUAGACUACGAAUUGGUGACCGAAUACACACUAACUGUUCGUGUUAAGAAUAAAGACCAAAUGGAGGCUACGGCGACGUUUUUAAUUACCGUUACCGAUGUAAACGACGAAAUUCCUGCGUUCAUAGACAUAAUCAAAGGCAGUGUUAUAGAAAACGAGCAUGCCGGUCAGAAAGCAAUGCAAGUUAGAGGGUUGGAUAAAGACGGCACCUCUGAAAACAACAUCGUCAAAUACUCCAUUGAAGGUGAAGGUUCCGACAAAUUCGAAAUAGAUCCCGACAGUGGUGCCAUAAAAUCUCUUGUAGUAUUCGAUAGAGAAGAAAUUAACUUGUACCACAUUAAAAUCAAGGCUUAUGACAACUCUCCAAGUGCUCUAACAAAAAUUGGAGAACCCAAUAGUGUUAUCCAACAGUUCCAAAUCAUUGUCGAAGAUAGAAACGAUAAUAAACCGAAGUUUACACAAGCCUACUACCGUUUCGAUCUAAUAUCCGAAAGCACUGAUGUCGGUAAAGAUGUCGGGGAAGUAAAGGCCGAUGAUAAAGAUGCCGCCUCACUUAUCAAGUACAGCAUUAUCAAAGGCGACGAUGAUCAUCACUUUUAUAUCGAAGAUACCACCGGUCGUAUCAAAGUAUACGCCAAGUUGGAUUAUGAAAAAACCGAGAAGUACGAACUUGUUGUAAGAGCUCACGACGGAAUCUACGAAGAUGAAACCAACGUUAUAAUAAACAUAAAGGACGAAAACGAUGAGCUUCCGCAGUUCGAAGAUUUUGACAAGACAAUCACCUUAGAAGAAGAAACGCCUUAUACCGACUGCAUCAUAACAGUUAAAGCUUACGAUCCCGAUAUCAAAGAUCGCUCAGCUGAUCAACACAUAGUCUAUGACGUACAAAACAGCAAGAACUUUAUUGAUGUCGAUCAAUAUGGUUGCGUUAAGUUGAAGAAACCUUUGGACAGGGAUCCCCCAAAUGGCGCUGAAACAAGACAAGUGUUCAUACAUGCCUAUGAUAAUGACGGCCAUCUGCCAUACCAAACCAACUUCACUGAGCUGCUAAUUAUUUUAAAGGAUGUCAACGAUAACGCUCCGUAUCUUAAUGUGAGUGAGGUAAUCUGGUACGAAAAUGAAGACCCAGGUCAAAUAACGGUGCUGAGCGCUGACGAUAACGAUAGCAACGAAAACGGACCUCCGUUUGUCUUUGAAAUCGAGGAUUCGGCUUCUGAUGAAAUCACCGGGAAAUUCGGUAUGGAAAAUGGAAAAAUAUUGGUUGCCAAAGUGUUUUUCGACAGAGAAGAAAAGAAGUUCUAUGAUAUCCCGAUUAAAAUUAUGGAUUCCGGCGAACCGACUCAAACCAGUCACAAUAAUAUUCUGCGCGUUGUUAUAGGCGAUAAGAACGACAAUAAGGCCAAAGAUGGCGAAAGCGAAAUUUUCGUCUACAAAUACGAGGAGUUUAAGCAAGACAUAGCGAUCGGUAGAGUAUACGUAAACGAUCCCGACGACUGGGAUUUGAACGAUAAAACUUUCUUGUUAACUGAUGGCGAUCAGUCGUCUUUCUACCUCAGUCAAACCGACCACAGUAUGAUUAUAAUGAAGAGCACAACAAGCGAAGGUGCUUACGAUUUGGAAUUCCAAGUUACGGAAACGCACGAACCGAUAAUUUCGACCCACACCGUAACUGGCAAAGUGCACGUAAUAGUGAAAGCACUGCCUAAGGAAGCCGUCCAGAAAUCGGGAUCUAUAAGGUUAAACCACACGACAAUCGAGGGUUUUAUUGACAAAGAAAACGGUAUGAAAAGCAAGAAAGAUAUACUGCAAUUUGAGAUCGCGAGAAUUUUAAAUACUUCCAGAGAAAAUGUUGACGUGUUUACCGUUUUAAAUAGUGGUAAGGAGUUGGUUGACGUUAGAUUUUCUGCGCAUGGUUCUCCUUAUUAUUACCCGGAAAAGCUCAAUAACAUCGCAACAUCGAAUCAAAAAGAUUUAGAAACAAAAUUAAACGUAGACUUUGAGAUGAUUAGCAUUAAUGAAUGCGUUAACAUCUCUGUAUGUCCUGGUAAAGACUGCGUCAGUCGAUUGGCAAUAAAAGAAGAACCCGCUGUUGUUUUCACCAAUAAAACAUCUUUUGUUGGCGUGAAAGCCAUAACCGAAGCAUUAUGCGAUACGUGCGAAAGACCAAACAAGGAAUGCCUUAACGGCGGAACCAGUAUUGACAACGAUGUGUGCAGCUGUCCUCCAGGAUUUGAAGGACCUCACUGCGAAGUCCUUGGAAUCGGUUUUACAGGAUAUGGCACUGCUACCUACGAACCUUUCGAUUCCUGCAACAACACCGAAAUAUUAAUGUGGAUCACGCCUCAAAGCGAUAACGGUUUGAUUUUCUAUCAAGGACCUUUGGUCGCCAGUCAAAGUAAACUCUCCAAGGACUUUAUAUCUCUCGAAUUGGAAAAGAACAAUUUGUACUUAAAGUUGAAUCUUGGAGAUGAAGUUAUCCAGGUUAGAUCCGACAAAGCACUAAAUGAUGGAAGCUCGCAUAAAAUCAGAAUCAGAUUGACAUCUAACGAUGUCGAAUUGGAGAUCGACGAUUGUAAAUCCAACUGCAUUAAAUUGAAUGUCAUUAAAAGUCAACGAUUAUUAAGAACAAACGGUCCAUUGCAACUUGGCGGUCUUAAAUUUAGAUUCCAAGAGGAAGCGAAAACGAUCUGGUCGGAUCCUCCGGUAAUGAACGACCAAUUUGCCGGUUGUAUUAAGAAUUUGUCUUACAAUGGUUAUCUGUACAACCUUGGACAACCAUCUGACCACAAACAGGCCAUAAGCGACUGCAAUUAUCUCAUGAAACAAGCUGUUACUUUGGGAAGAGAUUCUCUGGUUGCUAUAUUAGUUUGCAUCGGCGUUAUGAUAAUUUUGAUGCUGGCCUUGGUUGUGUACAGAAGAAAGCAAGACAACCUUUUGGAGAAGGAUAUGGACGACACGCGCGAGAACAUUAUCAACUACGAGGACGAGGGUGGCGGCGAAUGCGACACUAACUACGAUUUGACGGUUUUCAGGAACGACCUCGACGAGAAGCACAUGUUGCCAGAUGUACCCGCAGACAUCAGCAUGUUUUUGAAUACGAAAAAAGGAUCGUGCGAUAAGGAUCCAGAUAAUUUGCCUUACGACGAUGUUAGGCAUUACGCGUACGAAGGCGAUGGAAACAGUACCGGUUCUCUUUCUUCUCUGGCCUCUUGCACAGACGAUGGCGAUUUGAAUUUCAGUCAUUUGUCGUCGUUCGGCCCGCGUUUCAGGAAACUAGCGAACAUAUACGGAGAAGACGAAGACGACGAGGAAUCGGAAAACGGACACGAAGAAUCAUGGUGCUAAAUCAAAAUCAAAUGAACCCCUUUUUUCUUGUACUUAACUACAAUGUUUUACCAAAGAUACCGACGCAUAUUUUUGGAGAACUGACAAACUUUGUAAAUAAUGUUCGACUGACUUUUUUUGUUUCGUGUGUUUAAAAUAGUGCAUCAUACAUAAUUUUUUUAUUUGUAGGGGUGUGUUAUGAAAACAUGUAUUUAUUUUUUGACUAUAUUUUUUUUGUUGUGGCUAUACAUACAAACUUAGUCAAUUUUUUUGGCAACUUCCAACUACUAGGUACAAACGAAAUGAUAAUGUAAAUAAUUGUUUCUACCUAAUUAUUUUAUAAUUUUUUCUAAUUUUUCAUAAUGUUGUUAAAAUGUUUAAAUAUGGAAAUCUUGUGAUGAUGAGCAAAUAUUAAAAUGAUGGCCUUUUAUGCACUACCCUGUGAUACUUAGCAAGUGUAUAUACAAACUAAAAAAAAAUACCUUUUUUAUAUAAAAUUAUUAUUUUAUAUCGCAAUUAAUAAUAAAGUGCUCAACGAAAAAUUACGUAUUUUUGAGGCUCAGAUUAUGAAAAAUUAUCUACAAUUAUAAUUGAAAUGUAAGCAAAUUUUUAUAUGUAAAUUGACUUACGUAUUUAUACCUGUAAGUAUAAGUAAAAGGCAAUUAGGUAAAAAUUUGCAAUAGUUUAGAAAAAUACAUUGAAAAUAACGGCCAUUCAUAGUGCUUGUGGUUAAUAAAACCCUUUGCUUAAGGAGGAAUACCUAUUAUUGUUAAACAAAUUAUAUUUUUUCUGUUUUCUGUAGAUAAGGUAUUUUUAUACAAAUAUACAUAUAAUAAUAAUAUACACAUAUAUUUUUAUUAAGAUUUUUAUAUACGAUAAUAUGCUUUUAAACAACUUAAAACAUUCCUUAUAAAAUAUAUGUGAUUUCAGUUGGCAGCCAUAGUUAAGUAAUGUUAGUGUCGAGAAGCUAAAAUAUAAAACUACCUAUUUGUUAUGCUAUUUUAAUAAGCAGUUUUAUUUAAUUUUGCUUUCUCAGGGCAGAUUUGAUCUCUACAUGAGAAAAUUUAAGUUAUAAUAUGUAUUUUAAAUUUAUAUAUAGUAUUAUUACGCGUUCGUGAACAAAUUUAUUCGUUUAUUUCAUUAUUAGCAAUUAUGUUAGUUUGGCCCAUUUGUAAAAAUAUUUUCCUCACUGCCAUUUAUAUUAUAGUUUCUUUUUUAAAUAUAAACU